GUGAGCCGAUCUUCAAACUACUCAUCGUCGUGUUGCAUUACAGUUUCAUCUACCAAUUUGAAGAAUCCGAUCGGAAAAUAAUAAUGGCCGGAAGACUGAGUCAUGCCGCGUCUCAGAUUAUGGGCGGAAACGGCAUCGUUGGCCGCUCCGUCGCAUCGUCUCUUCGUCUCCGCUCCGGUAUGGGUUUACCAGUCGGCAAACAUAUCGUUCCCGAUAGACCUCUUCCUGUAAAUGAUGAGCUUGUAUGGGACAAUGGAACUCCAUUCCCUGAACCCUGUAUUGACCGCAUAGCUGAAACCGUUGGAAAGUAUGAAGCACUUGGCUGGUUAUGUGGUGGAUUGGGAUUUUUUGCUACUCUUGGAUUGUUGGCUACCUGGAACGACAAAGCGUCUAAGAUACCAUUUGCCCCUAAGGUAUUUCCGUACGACAACCUUCGAGUGGAGCUUGGUGGAGAACCCUAGGAUGAUCAUCCGGUAUGUCAAUCUGUGUAUUUGUUUGUUGCAUUUGGGGUUUGAACUAGUAAAGGAAUAAUGAUAAUGGUAUCAUCAUGUUGAACAAAUUAAAGCAGCUGAGACUUAUGAGAAGAUUUUCUUGUUUCAAUGUUGUUUUUUUCUUUCCAAAAGCUAUAACUAAGGGUGUUUUCUUU